CAGGGAAAACAUAUUUUAUGCCGUGACGCAGGUUAUACUUUUGUAUUUUUUUUAGGAAUGACUAAUCGAAUACGUAGAUGUGUUCGGUAAAUUUGUUUGUUAACGACAUCUAUGAACUUCUAUGAGCAUGAAAGUUUUUGAUAUUCAAAAUGGCUGCGUUAGGUCCAAAACCUAAGCGAGAAUACCGAUGCCGAUAAACUAGGAAGCACCGGUAUAAAAAAAGAAAUUUGGCGAUGUCUCGUCUUGCUGACUAUUUUGUAGUAGUUGGCUAUGAUGAGCAUGAAAAAGAUCGCUGUGGAAACAGGUGCGGGAAAGUUCUGCAAAGAUUUCCUGAAGUUAACUGGGAUGAUUGUCCAUUUAUGGAAGGCCUUCCAUUGUUCUGUCAACCAAUGGGAUGGUCAUUAUCAACCAAACGACAACCACCAUCAUUUUAUGUGGCAGUUCUCACAGACAUGGAUGGCGAGCGCCACUACUGUGCAGUGUUUAAAUUCCAUGAGCUUAUUGCCAUAACUCCCAGCAAGCCAGAUGAUGAGGAGGACGAACAAGAAGGCACCAUCAUCCACCACUCUUCAAUGUUUGCCCCAAAAGCUUUCAUCCUUGUGUCCAGCCAUGACUACUUUGAGGCAUUCAGGAAUUGUCUUGGCAUUAUCUACACAGUGCACUUAGAAAAUUUGUCAGUAAAGAUAGAAACUUUAGUUGGCAACAUCUUAGGUUGCAUCCAAGUUCCACCACCUGGUGGCCCUCAAGUUAGGUUCUCCAUAGGGGCAGGGGAUAGACAGGCAUUACAGCCUCCACUAAGCCCAACUUUGCCAGUUAGUAGUACAUCUGUGGCAAUGUUAUUUGAACAACUUGGUGUCAACAACACAUUGACUGUGUUCUCUGCUGCACUGACUGAUCAUAAGAUUCUUUUCUACUCUGAGAGCUGCUCACGGCUAUGUGAGGCCAGUCGGGCUUUGUUGACCCUUCAUUACCCCCUUAAAUAUGUAUAUGUUUUCAUCCCAGUUCUCCCCACAGCAUUUCUUGAUGUCCUCAAUUCCCCAACUCCAUUCAUUGCAGGGGUGCACUCAACAUUGAAGAAUGAUAUAGCAGACCUUUUAGAUGUUAUAGUUGUUGAUCUCGAUGGUGGCAGCGUUAAGAUUCCUGAAUGCGUGAAAGUACAUUCUAUCCCAGAGGAUAUAUUGAUAGGAGCCAAGCAAGCUUUAACCAUGAUUUUGAAUCCUGAUUUACUAUGUGCAGACUAUGCAUUUACACCAUCACCCAAGAAAACAUCACCCAUUGUGCACAGGGACAAAGAACUUCGUGCUGUAUUCAUCAGAAUGUUUGCUGAACUUUUUUCUGGUUAUCGCUCUAGUCUAACUGUUGUUCGUAUUCAUCCAACUCCAUUUAUUACAUUUCACAAGUCACACUUUCUUGGUCAGCGAGGAAUGGUGGAGGAGGAGUUUUUAGGUAAAGUCAUCAAUGGUAUGGCCUUCAAUGCCUUUGUCUCAGAGAGAGGCCCUCCAUACAGAGUUUGUGAUAUAUUUGAUGAGGUGGUGGCCACUAUACAAGAUCAGUUACUUGAAGAACAAAAUGAUCCUCACAAAGUCAUGGAGAAUAUUAAAGAACUUGCACAACAUCUCUACAUCAAUGAAUGUUCCAACCAGCAACCCUACAUCCCUAAAGUGCCAAAGCCUGCUGAAGGGGCUUAUGCCAGAAUACACCAGCUUCCGUUCCCACAUUUGGAUAGCAAGCUGAUACAAGACAUCAUUGACGAGGGUCUGUACAACAACCAUGGCAAAAAGCUGGGUAGUGUCAGACCUAAUACAAUGCGUAUAGUACCCAUGGGGGUAUCAACCAGUACCUGGGGACAGCAAAGGACACUAGAGAAUAAUGCCAGGAGGUUAGAGGUGCUGAAAAACUGUGUUAAUUUCAUAUUUGACAACAAAAUCUCAGAUGCCAAAAUUAUUUUUCCAGCUGUUCUAAGAGCCUUAAAGUCAAAGGUUGCCAGAUUAGCCUUGGUCCAUGAGUUAGCAGAUCAUGUCCGCAGUAAUAGGGCAAUGUUAGAACAUCAACAGUUUGACUUAGUCGUUAAGCUGCUCAAUUGUGCCCUCUCUAAUGAGUCAAGCUUAGAUGAAAAUGGAGUUGCAGCUGCCAUAUUGCCCUUAGCCACAGCUUUCUGUCGAAAAUUAUGCACUGGUGUGAUUCAGUUUGCCUACACUUUGAUACAAGAGCAUGCAGUGUGGAGCAGCCUCCAGUUCUGGGAGCAAUCAUUUUAUCAGGAUGUGCAGCUUCAGAUACGUCUGCUUUAUCUGCCCAGAUAUGAGGAGCACACAGCACUGAUGACUAAGUCUUCAGACAGCAAUGAUGACAUGUUCAAAGACAACCAUGACUGUGAUAAAACAUCAACACUCAAGCCUCGCCAGUUUGGCCCUCUGGAAAUUACAGCAGAACAGUUGAGGGUGUGGUCAACUUUGACGCCUGAGCAGCAGCAUGAAAUGAUCAAUAAUGAAGAGUCAACUGUUUAUAGCCAGGCUAUCCACUUUGCCUACCGCAUGGUUUACCUGAGAGUGCCACUGGAUGCCUCCAGGUCCAUGAAAAACAUGGCCAUUGAAGAAAACAGUAGCACAGUGACCCCAAGCGUGGCUGAGAGUGACAGCUUAGAUGCUGAAAGUGGCUUUGAUGAGUCAGAGCAGACUGACGUGGCUGCUGUAGUGACCAAAUUUGUCUCCCGCUUUGUGGACAAGGUGUGCAGUGAGGGUAGUGUGACCCAGGACCACAUCAAGGCCCUGCAUCAAAUGAUACCAGGUGUUGUGGCCAUGCAUAUUGAAACUUUAGAGGCUGUGAACAGAGAAAGUAAAAGGUUGCCCCCUGUACAGAAGCCAAAAAUACAGAUGCCACUACUUCUACCCAAUGAGGAGAUUGUCAUGGAAGGGUUGAGGGUGUACCUGCUGCCUGACGGCAGGGAAGAGGGUCUUGGAGGCAACAUGGGUGGCCCAAGUCUUCUGCCUACUGAAGGAGCUGUGUUUCUCACAACGUAUCGUAUUGUCUUCAAAGGAAUGCCUUGUGAUCCACUUGCUUGUGAGACUCCAGUGAUCAGAAGUUUCCCUGUCUCUUCUUUAACCAAGGAGAAGAGGAUCAGUGUCCAAUCAUUUUUAGCUCAUCUUGAUCAAGGGGUUCAGGAAGGGCUUCAGCUGCGUUCAAAUGUAUUCCAGCUGAUGAGGAUAGCCUUUGAUGAGGAGGUUGGUUCUGACAACAUUGAGACCUUUAGGAAACUGGUAAAUAAAGUCAGAAACCCACCCACUGUGUUCACCACCUUUGCCUUCACUGGUCACUAUGUCCACUCGGCUACACAUAUACAGAAGGGCAAGGAGAAAAAUGCUUCAUUAAGGCAAUUUGCUAAAAGAACUUUGUUAAAGACAGCCAGGAAAGCUGGUUUGAAGAAAGGAUCAAGAGCGAAAACAAAAUAUGGCUUUACCAGCCCACCAUCAUCAAGGAAAUCUUCUGGGAAUCACUCUCCUCAUUCUUCUGACAGUGAAUCUGAGUGUACAGGCAGUGUGCACUAUGAUGAGCUUUCAGACCCUCCCAUCUCUGCCUUCUUUGUCAAUUCCUCUUCAGUCAUAGAUGAGAAUGAGAUGAUCCCCUCCUACUCCAGUGAUCCUCGAAACGUAGAAAGGCUCAUGGAAAGACAUGUCUACCAGGAUUAUCAGAGGUUGGGACUAGGCAGCGUGGUCAUGUCUGGUCAGCGAGGUGGCCGCUCUGAACCAUUUAGAGUAUCAACAGUCAACUCCACCUAUCUACUUACCAGAAGCUAUCCUGGUCUUCUGGUGGUCCCUCAAUCAGUAUCAGAUGAAAGUAUACGUAAAUUCUCUAGGUGCAAUAGACAGUCUAGGUUUCCAGUCAUAACAUGGCGUCAUCCUAAAACGAGAGCUUUACUUCUCCGAGCCAGUGGUUUUCACUCUAGGGGAUUAAUAGGAUCAUCAAGUAGUGGAGAAGCCUCAUCUGGCCUUGAACAGGAGAAAUACUUCCAACUUCUGGUGGCAGCCACGCCCAGCGGUCACCGUACUAACAACCUCCUCAACGCCAGCAGUGACUCCCUCACAUCCCUGGACUCUCUCAUUCUGGGUGUGGGAGCAGAGCCCCUUGUCAUUCCCUCCACUCCUGAGCUCCCUAGACAUGCAGGCAGGGGUGACGUGGUAGAUAAGAGGGUGAGUGCUCCGGCUGCAACUGGAGUCCACAGGAGUAAAAAUGCUUUUCUGACACUGCCUCGGCGAACAAACAGAAACUGGACAUGUACACUCAGGUCAUCCAGCAAGGCUGUGAAUCGUAUGGGCAGUCUCAGAGACAGGUCGCCUACUUUGAAUCAGAGAGGGGCUAGAACACUCAAAGAGCCUAGUUAUGGAGAUGUGAUCACCAACAGUAUAAAACGCCUACACCACACAUCCCUUUAUGUCCUGGGAGAGAAAGCUCAGAUGAAGAGCAUCAAAUCAGAUUCAUUUCCUAAAUGUGAUUUCAUUCCUGUGGACUUCUAUGAAGUAAAACAGGUUAAGGCAAGUUUUAAAAAGUUGAUGAGGGCAUGUGUGCCGAGUACUAUUCCUAGUCCAGAUCAUAACUUUCAAAAGUCUGUGGAAGAAUCAGAAUGGCUUUUGCAGCUGCAAAGUAUAUUGCAACUUUCUGGUGCAGUAGUGGACUUACUUGAUGUCCAGGGUUCAUCUGUCAUGGUCUGUUUGGAAGAUGGGUGGGAUAUAACAACUCAGAUUGUCUCAGUGUCUCAGGUAUUGAUGGAUCCUUACUACAGAACUAUUGAUGGCUUCAAAACACUGAUAGAGAAAGAGUGGCUAAGCUUUGGUCAUAGAUUUAGCCAUCGAAACAACCAGACUGCAGCAACACAGACCAGUGGGUUUGCCCCCAUCUUUUUACAGUUCUUGGAUGUUGUCCAUCAAAUCCACCAUCAAUUCCCUUUAUCCUUUGAGUUUAGCCAGUAUCUAUUGAGGUACUUGGCCUACCACUGUGUCAGCAACAGGUUCAAAACAUUCAUGCUGGACUCUGAGCUAGAGAGAGUAGAAUCUGGUUGGCUGAUGGAAGACGUGAGGGUGUCAUCAGUCAGUGACACUAAAAGUGAGGAUAUACCAGACUUCUUGAUCAAGCCUACAGCUUUGCCAGACAGCAAGCAAAACUCUACAGACUCCAAACAUCCAACCUAUGGAGCCUCACUCUGGGAUCACUUGGAGAAACUCAACAAGCAGACACCUAUAUUCUUUAACUUUGCCUAUGCCAUGGAAGAACAAGAUCCUGUUCUGAGGCCUUACUCAAAUGUGUCUAAAUUGAGGGUCUGGGAUUUUUACAUAACUGAAGAUCUGCACAGAGGCACACCUUAUGACCUUGACAUUGAUGAAAGUGAGAUUCUGGGUGAGGACAUUGAGGCUGACACUGGUGGUGCCCCCAGGAGGCGGGUCCUAAAUGGUUGCUAUCAUAGUGUAUUCCUGCAGCAACCAGAUUUCUUCUGGACCAAAAUACAAGAGAUUAAUAGGCUGGAGACUGAACUCGGAAUGAAGCCUUCCAACUGGAGGGCAGUGUUUGACAGAUUGGAGUGUCCUGGGAGAGACCCAUUCCAUCGUCAGGUAUCUUUGAACACACAGCUUAUCCGAUCACAUGGCCGCUCAAUUCACAAGCGUUCAACACUAGAGAUCCUUCUGAGGGGCAAGAUGCUUGGGGAAUCUGCCCGCAUGUUCUCCCAGCCUCACAGGUUUGAAAAGCAUGCCUACACUACCUCUACAUACUGUGACUUGUGUGGUCAGAUCCUUUGGGGACUCAGCAAAACAGGUCUCAGAUGUGCUGACUGUGGCUACAACUGUCAUGACAAGUGCCAACACAAUGUCCCUAAAAAUUGCCAGAAGUUAAAAGCUGUUGAGGACACAGGACUGGUGUCACCCAACCAACAAGGCAACGGUGGCCCAGCAUCCAAUUCUGUAAAAGCUCCUGCCACCAACUUUGAGCCUGUGAGUGUGGUAGAACAUCGAACACUUGAGGGCUACCUGAGGAAGCAAGGGGCUGUGUUCAGGCAGUGGAAGUCAAGAUAUUUUGUCUUGGACUCCAUGAAACAUCAGAUGCGCUACUAUGACUCAAGGGAUGACCCUAACUGUAAAGGUUUUAUUGACCUUGCUGAAGUGGAGUCUGUCACACUUAUCAAGAAUGUACCUGGAGCGCCAAAGAAAAAUGAAGAUAAUUCAUUUAUUGAGAUUCGUACUGUUAAAAGAGUGUUUAAUUUCAUGGCUGACAGUUCAAAAACGGCAAUAGAUUGGGUGGACAAGCUCCAAGGCUGUAUACAGCGAGAGUAAUAGGUCACACCCCUAUCCCUAGUUAGCAAUAGAAACAAGAGUCAGUAAAUCUGACUUAGCAGCCAGUUCUAAUGGCACACCCUGUAUCAUUUUGACGGACAUUGUUAUUAGUGUGGGGAGUCACAGACUUAUCUUUAAUUCUUAGAGAAACCUGACAAUGUUGAUGUAUUUUUUUCUGUAAAUAUGUCAAGACAAACGUUGCAGUUUUUUAAAUAACCUGCCGUCAUUGCUGCCUGAUUUUUUGGUGUGUGCUGUUACAUGUUUAUUUAAACACUUGGUGUCCUAUUACAGUGUUUGGCCAGUUAGGGUUGGCAAAGGUCAUUUGUUAUAUAGCACGAGAGACCCUGACCCUGCAGCAGCUGUUCAACCCUGUUUGUCAUCUAUUUCAUGGAUGUUUUCACAUUGCUCUGAUGAUAGGAUGUUCAUGAAACAGGGGAUAGGAGAAAUAAAUAGUGCUACUGUUGGAUUUAUAAUUAGAAUAGAUGUUGAGAACAAUUUGAAUACAAAACCAGUGAGAGCUGAGGGCAGACAAUGAAACUUGAUGAGUUGGACCUGAAGAUUUACUGUUCUGGCUUGUAAGUUUGACUUUUGUUGUUUUUUUCACACUGUUACAUCUUUGAGAUCUGAUGAGACUUUAAAAACAAAAAAUAAGCCAGUCAUCAAAUUUUUUUGUGUGAGAUUUUUAUUAUUGGAGGCAUUGAAAGUACUUGCUGUCCUCUGUUUUAGUUCUUAUGCUAGAUCAAAUUCAUACCAGUGCUCCUUCUUCCCUAGUACCAUUAGAGAAUGGAAUGAGUUGCCGGAAUCAGCCAUGAAACCCAAUGAGUUAGCAGAGUUUAAGUCUCUAGUUAAAAUGCAUGACUAGAUGAGACAAGUAAUCAUCUUCUUGUUUAAAGGAGCAUCAGUAAUUUAUCAGAUAAAUUCAUUGUGCUUAUUUAUUGUUUCCUUUCUUUGCACUUCACAAGUAGCUUUAGCGUAAGUCAUAAAUGUAGUUUAUAACUAAAAACAAAUGUAUAUAAGUAAAUAUAUACAAAUUUGUGUAUAAAAAUAUGUUUUACAAGAAUAUAUUUGGAUGAUUUUAGAAGAAAGAAUAUUUUACAAUAUGGGCUUUUUUUUUUUUUUAAUUGAUUUUAUUUUUCCUACAUUUAAAAUAGGCUUUGAUUUUAAUACUAUUUUCUGAUUACCUUUUUAUUUUCCCUCAAGAUCAUUACAAACUUUACUUCUGUCAAUUUUUGGUUGAAUUUUUUUUUUUAAUGUUUAGAUUCAUUCUUGAAAGUGAAAAGAUAUUGGACAUACAAACCCAACAGUUGCUCAUUAUUCCUAUUACAUUUUCCCAUUGACAAUCAUUUGCCAAACAAAAUUUUUUUUUACCAAUGUUAUUGAACAUCAAUCAAUGCCUAUAAUGAUGGAUUCAUCCUCAGUGUGUUAGUAGAUAUGUAUUUUCAAGAGGGUCAGUAAAUCUAUAUAUUAUUUUGCAUUCAAUAAUAGAUUUUCUCAUGUUUGUUUCUGUACUAGAUAUUUAACAAUAGAUUAAGGAAUCCCAUAGAGGAUGCUUUUACAUAAAAUAACUUUGAAUGUAACCAGUGGGGGGGGGGGGGGGGGGGGUUGGAUUGAGGAAAAUAUAAAUCCACGUCCAUGAUUGGCUACAAAUUAAAAUAUAUUAAUUGUACCCAUCUUUCCUUAUUGUGUAAAAAAAAAAUAUUUUGUUUAAUGUGAACAAAAGUCAUAGAGUCUAGAUUUGAAAGAAAGGUGUAUAAAUACAUUUUAUUUUAUUCAAAAGGUUAAUGCAGCUUCUAAGACCUUUUUUUCGAAGGCUCCUUGGCUGCUUGUGUUAAAUAUGCUUCAGAAAGUCUUCUUUCCAGUCAGACUUGUAUAACAUUAAGAUUCCUUGAGGGAUUAGCAAUCUGCUUCUGAACACCUCCACCUAGUGCAUACAUUUCAUUAGAAUAGACUCACUAAGAAGCAUUUCUGCUCGGUAGCCCUUUAAUAAGAAACUAAAUAAUUUUGUAAAUUCUGUACCACAUAUUCAUUCUUUCUACAAGACCAGUAUUUAAUAAAUUGUGCUCUUCUAGGUAAUAUUGACCAACUUAAACUAAUCUACUAUGUAACUAUUUAAUACAUUUCAUUCAUGGCAUUCUUCAACAUGCUGUUCCCCUAUGUUUUUUGUUAUAUUAAUAUUUAUUGAAUUUUUUCUAGAAACUGUGCUGUGACUUAAAUGGGAUUAAAAUUCCCUGACAUUGUUUUUUUUUAUCCUCUGUGUAAUAUUUUGUCUGUUGUAUUUUUGAUGACAAAUGUACAAUUUUGUAUCUUCUGUUGUUCAUUUUUACGAGAACUUUUAGUAGAAGAAGACAAUAUGUAAACAUGCUUUGUAUAUAUUUGCUUUAACUUGUACAAUGCUUUGGUUUGUUUUUUUUUUGUGCAAAUACUCAUUUUGCUUUAUUGUUUAGGGAUGAACUAUUGGUUUUUCAAAGCCCAUUGACAGGCCUGUACAUUUCUUAGUCCUCUCUUGUGUAUACUGUAGGAAAAUAUUAGCCCUUGCCAUGUGACAACAUUGUUUUAGAAUGUUAUUUGCUGACUGACUGGGCUGUGAUGAGGUGUGCUAUAUUUAUCAUGUUAGCGUUGUUUUUGUCUUGUGUGAGUGUGUCAAGACUAUGAUGACUUAAGAGGCUGAACUGGGCAAUGAUACUUUGGGCUAGACUAUCCAUUAAUAUAAUAUGCUUUAAAUGAAUUAUGUCUAUAGUACAUUACUAUAUUGACUAUGCAUCAUUGUCAAGUUUUUGUUUUGUGCCAUGUACCUUAAUUUGCACUUAGAAACCCAUAAGCGUGUGAGGUUUAUAGCAAUCACUGGACCUGGCUGGUUAUUCCUAAAGCUGGUAGUCAUGCCAAGUAGAAGUUUUUUCGUUUUUUUUUAACUACAUUUCUGAGUCUGUUUUGCAUAAUCUUAAAUUGUCUAAAAAAAUAUCAUAAUAGUUCAACAUAAUAUUCUAGAGAUCAUUUUUGACAGGUUUUUUUAGAAUGAUUAUGUGAAUGUAAUUUUUUUUAAUCAUUGACAGAAAGAAAGGGGAUUGAACAAGAUUGUUAUAUUCUUAUAGGAACAGUGUUUGUAAACCUACUCAUUAGAAAAUUUUGGUUUUGCAAAUAGUUUUUAUGCAAAUGAUUGUAAUAUAUUUUUAGACAAUAACAAGUAAGAAAGUUUAAUACAUAAUUUGUGACAUUUUGCACAAUUUCAAAGUGUAUAUUAAUUUUGCUCUUUAGCUGCUAAAUUAUUGUAACCAUUUCUGAGUGCCGGUACUUUCUUUUAUAAUAUUAUAUACAAAGAAUAGUGACACACUGACCUAAAGAUAUAUAUAUAUAUAUAUAUAUAUUAACAAAAAAAGAGAUAAUGUUAUAAAUAUCUCAAAAAUCUGUAGACAGGAAUAGGGUUAGAUAUAUAAAUGUAUAUGAUAAUGUUUUUUGAGACAAACAAGCCAAUUUUUAGUAAGUAAUUAUCUCAAAGACAGGAGAAAAUUUAAAACCCAAACUAGUCAUCUGUGAAAAUUUGGAUAAAAUAAUUUUAAAAAAUAAGACUACACCAGUGUUUCCCAAAUUUUUUUAAUUAACAGAACACUUCACAUAUUCUAAGUAUUUAGUGGAACAUUUAGGUUAUUUUUUAGAGGGGUUAAUUCAUGUGGUGGCCUACUAGUUAAUUAUUCCAGUAGUUCAUGGGACACCUAUUCAGGCCUAGUGUUUGGGAAACACUGCCAUGCAUCAUACAUUCGAAUCUGGUUAAUUGGACCUCAUCAGGAUAUGAUGGUAUUGGUCCUAAUAACAGACUGAUCUGAUUAACUAGAUUUGAAUAUAUAUAUUUUAUACAGGCAAUGUUUUUAGUAUCAUAAGCAUGCAAUACAAUCUUGUAAGCAGGUUUUUUUUUUUUUUCAGUUUCAUGAACUCAUAAAAAAGUACUAUGAUAAGGACAUUUUUUGGCAGCAUUUUUACAUCUUUGUGGAGUUAAUGUUAAAUGGUUUUUUUUUAAAGUUGAUUAUUUUUUAUUCAAUAGUGUCCACUCAAUGGGAUGAGACAAUGUUAAAAAGAAAUUAGAAUAUCUGGAUAUAUACUGUACAAAAAAAAGUUGAUGAAUGUUAGAUAUUGAUACUGUUCUAUACAUUGUGUUAGAAUCUAUCUAGAAAUGUAUACUGUAUUCAAGAAAAGGUCUGUCAUGUUUUUUUAGUUAUAUAAUAUCAUUGGAUUACUUUUAAACUAAACUAAUUAAAAUAGAAAUUAAUUUUUCCAGCCUGGAACUAAAUAUUUGAUGAAAGCUGCACAAGUUGUUCGGUAUGUGACGUUUUGGCGCAACCGUUUUGGCCCAAAACCUUUUGGCGCGUGAUCCUUAAAGGAUUACGGGCACAACAUGGCCUAAAUUGUGCUGAUGUGCCUAAACUCGUGACUCAAACCCCCUUUUGGCGCAAGAUAUUCUGACUAUAAUUUAAGAAACACAUAACUUUUAUAAGGUUUUUUUCACAAAAUAUAAUAUUAUAGCCUAUGUAUAGUAUAAAUUCUAUCUCCAUCCACCAAAUCUGAUUCCAACCUGAGACCAUGGUAGUGACAUGCUUCCUUCUCCACCCUAGAUUAUAUGUGAAUUCUGCCAAGCGCAUUAGAUUACAUCCAUUGAAUUCUAUUUCCAAAAGACAUUUUAAAAGCGUAUUGACAUUAGUUUAAUGUCCGCUCAAGCUAAGAAACUUUUAAGAGAUUACUUUAUUUGAAUAAAUAUUUUGGGUAAGUGCUCUUUGGGUUAAACAUUUUCCCUUGACGCAGAUAAAGACAAACAACUGAAGACAGUACCUACACUGAGCAUAUUUUAAAUAUAGAGGGCUUGUUUGUUUUGUUUUUUAAAUGUGCCUCUUAAUAAACAAACAUGCACAAGUCAAAAUUUGUUAGAAAAAUGAUGUGAAAAACAAACAUGCACAUACAUUCAAUAAAUGAUAGUCACAUUGAUUAAUGGACAUAGUGUGAACUAUGGAUAGCUGCUUGGUCGUGUGGUAUUAUCUCUAGAAAUGUGGUCUUGAAAGUCCCAGGUUCAAACUCUUCCCGACGAAAUCCUCUGGCAGGUUUGUGUUAGGAUGCUAUGAUCCUUAAUUCUGAGGGAACAUUCAAAACAUGUAAAAUAUACAAAUUAUGAAAGGUCAGACCUCGACUUGGGACCAUGAUAUUGACAUACUUCCCCCACCCCCAUAAACUAAAUGUGAGGUGCACAUGAUGACAUUCAUUAGUUGUCUUUUUUAUUUAGUUACAAAUUUUAAAAAAUCAUUUUUUUGUUUCCACUUAAAUUUGGGUCAAAUUUAUAUAUCAUUGUCUUGUUGUGAUUUAGAAAAUAUUAUAAUCCUCAUUUAGGUUGUAAUGGGAUUUAACAAUAAUUACCCCAAAAACGUAAGUACCAAAAAUAAUGGACAAAAAUGUCUCUUGUUCUCUACAUGAAAAAUAUGUUAGACACAAACACACAUACUAAAUAUAGAUAUGAAUCAUUCUUGUUUAAAGAAAUAAUACAAUGGAUAUAAACAAUGUGAUCAAAACAUUUUUUGUCCCCUGCGCCAAUAUGACCAUCGCGCCAAAACGUCCUGCUUGUCAAGUUGUUUAUACUGUAUAAGUUGUUUAUACCGCUAGUAGAAAAAAAUGUUUGUUUCUGUAUGUCAACACUCUAGUUGUUUCCUUGCUGCAUGCUUCAUGACAUACACACAUGGUGGCUUGUAAUGUCAUUUCUCUGUACUGUCAUGGUUUGUUUUAGCUCCACUUUUUUUUGUCUAGCAGCUAGUAGUGCAAUUUUGAUGAUGUAAAUAUAAUUUAUUCCUUAGUUGAACACUUUCUGGCCAUUGGCAAUGUUGGUGACUUGAUUGGAAGUCCUGUGACCUUCUUUCCCCCCAUCUUGGCCCCAUACUAUUGGAAAGGAGACUGUAUAUAAUAUUUGCUCACUUGUACAAAGAAUAAAUAUGAUAUGAAAUGACUCAUUGUUUUAAUGAUCAUGGAAUGAGCCAGACUGUUGUUUUUUUUAAAUACCAUUUUGUCUUGAGUGUUGUGUUUUGUUUUUUAAUGUUUUUUGUUUUUGUUUAGACACUAAAUUUGUGAAAGUAAACAUAAGCUUUUUAUCUAGGUAUGUAUCAAUUUAAAUCAUAAGCUUAUUCUGUUGAAUUAUUUACCAUUUACACUGGUUCUAAGCCUUCUAUGGAGCUCAUUGGUUUUAAAACUACUCUUUUUUGCUAAACCAACUCGAUAGAAUUUAAAAUAUUUAUAUGCUAUUUUUAUUCAUGUAAACAAACAAAAAAACACUUCUGGUAUAUCAAUCAGUAUACUAAAUAUCGCACCUAGGAAUGUUGCAUGAAGAACUGUCACACUUUUAAUGUUUUUUUUACUAUUGAUCAAAGUCAUGUAUGUUUGGACUCUGUCCUUAUAACAUCAAGUUGCACAUUUCUCCUACAUAUAAUAUUAAACACUAGUUUUCUCAACAUAAAUAAAUAUCUCAAGACAUGUAAUAACAAUGACUGUUGCAAUGCUUAAAUAAUUCAGAAGGUCAUAUGUAUAGAUCAUUGUUACUUCUUUACUCCAAAUGGCUGAAAAGAACUAUAAAACACAAUGAGUAACAAGUGUUACAUUCAAUUACUAAAUUCUUCCCUUCUUUAAACAUCCAUUUAUUUAUAUAUAUUUUAAUAGAUAUUUGUUGAUAUUUUUGAAUAGGAAUUUAUAUAAAACAAGCCCGUUAUUUAUUGUUUAAAAAUCACAACUAAGAUAGAAAAUAAAUGUUACAAUUGUUUAUAUUUGUUGAAACACAAGAAGCUGCUAAAUUUGCAUUUCAUUGAACCAUUUCAAGAAAAAAAAAUAGUGUUUUUUUUUCUUUGUUAAUUUUUUUUUUGUUCACAUUUGAGUGCAUUAAUCAAAUAGUGUAGGUUUCCCAAGCUAUAUGCUUGUUUAUAAAAAAAAAUCUUGUGGUUAGUAGGCUCAUGUGUUUGAGGUUUAAAAAAAAAAGCAAAGAUUUACUAUUCCUGUGUAGUGUUUACUCAAAUGUAUGCAUCUUUUUUUUUUAAUUAUGACAUGAAGGAGGUCAAAGCCAUGCUGUGUAGCCUGGCACUGAGAAAGUUGUAUACAAUGUAUUUGUUGUUUUACAUUAGGUGUCUGAAUGUAUUCUCAGUCUGUGUACAAAUGAGGAUUAAACCAACUGUUCUAUACAA